GAAAUAAGCCCAACUUUAAGUAGCAUAUGAGUACCACAGUAUACGGAGUGACACCUCCAAUAUCUGUUGCCAACCCAAGUCCCAAGGAGAAUGAAUUGAACGACCUUUUGAUUAAGGAAUUGAAACAGAAGGGCUCAUUUGAGAGUGAGGCAGCUACCAGGAAGAGGGUUGAAGUGUUAACUCUUUUUCAAAAGCUUGCCGAAGAAUUUGUUUAUAGAGUAUCUCUUAAAAAGAAUAUGUCAGAAGGAAUGGCUAGAGAUUCAGGGGGUAAAAUUUUUACUUUUGGUUCUUAUAGAUUAGGUGUUUACGGACCAGGAUCUGAUAUUGAUACCUUGGUCGUCGUCCCAAAACAUGUAACAAGAAAUGACUUCUUCGAAGUGUUUGUUGAGUUGUUAAAGGGUAGACCAGAAUUAGAAGAGAUGGCACCUGUUCCGGAUGCCUUUGUUCCUAUUAUUAAAAUUGAGUUUAAUGGAAUAUCUAUAGAUUUAAUAUUUGCAAGGCUAGAUAUAACGAAGGUUCCCAAAGAUUUGUCAUUAGACGACAAGAAUUUAUUAAGAAAUAUAGAUGAGAAGGAUUUAAGGGCUUUAAAUGGUACUAGAGUCACUGAUGAAAUUUUGACAUUGGUUCCCAAACCCACGGUUUUCAAACAUGCCUUGAGGUGUAUAAAAAUGUGGGCACAACAGAGAGCCAUAUAUGCGAACGUUUACGGUUUCCCUGGUGGUGUUGCAUGGGCAAUGUUAGUGGCCCGUAUAUGCCAAUUGUAUCCGAAUGCUGUCAGUGCUGUUAUAGUUGAGAAAUUCUUCCAAAUAUAUGCACAAUGGAGUUGGCCUCAGCCGGUGUUACUAAAGCAGAUAGAAGAUGGACCCUUACAAGUAAGAGUAUGGAAUCCAAGGUUGUAUGCUCUUGAUAGGCUGCAUAGGAUGCCUGUUAUUACACCAGCCUAUCCAUCAAUGUGUGCUACUCACAAUAUUACGGCUUCUACCCAGAAGAUUAUCUUGGAAGAAUUUGGAAGAGGAAUAGAUAUAAUGAAUGGGAUAAAUUUGGGGCAGAAGAAGUGGUCCGAUUUGUUUGAAAGACAUGACUUCUUCUACAAAUAUAAAUUUUAUUUGUGUAUAGUUGCAGCUACUAACGGCUCGAGUGAAGAGCACUUGAAAUAUAGCGGUAUGGUGGAGAGUAAGUUAAGAUUAUUGGUGCAAAAAUUGGAAGUUGUUGAAGGAGUCGAGUUGGCUCAUCCUUAUAUAAAAGCUUUUGAUGAUCAAUACUUUUGUGAUAGCGAAGCUCAACGGCAGGAGGUAUUAGAGUCUUAUGGAACUCAUCGAGGAGAUGCAGUAACUAAAGAUAUACUCAAAGUCAAGGAUGCCUCCGCACAGACCGAGUCUUUCGAAGUCCAUUUGACCAAAUUAUUUAUUGGAUUAAAAUUGGAUUUACUGAAGAGUGGUGAGAGGAAGUUAGAUAUCCAGUACCCCUGCUCAGAAUUUUUCAACAUUUGCAAAAGUUGGGCAGAUUUUGACUCUAAAUUGCAUCAGAUACAAAUUAAGAAUGUUAAAUUGCAUGACCUUCCAGAUGACGUAUAUAUAGAGGGUGAAGCAAGGCCGGUGAAAACUUCAAAAAGAAAAAGAUCUGAAUCAAAAAAUGAAAAUAAAAAGAGACCGAAGAGUGUUGGCCCGGUUGCUGCUGUUGUAAGUGGUUAGUGAAGUUAGAUCAACUAAGAAAAUUUUGUGCAUUAUUUAAUUUAAGUAAACUGUAUAUCAAACUUCACAUAUAGAUAACUUAUUUAUGAUUUCAUGUCUAUUAAAUAAACUAUUUCUAUGGUUUUAGGUAAAAUAAAAGAUUUCGCAAAUUUUCGUCGCAAAAUGGGACAAA